AUGGAGCUACACGAAAUGGACAACGCGACGUUAGACAACCAUUUAAGAUUGUUUUACGCCGAGGUCAAAAACCAAGAUGGGGACGACUACAGCAAGUCGACUCUACUCGGUCUAAGGUAUGGUUUGGAAAGAUAUCUAAACUCUCCACCACACAACAAAGGUAUCACAAUAUCUGGAAACCCAGAAUUUAAGAAGUCAAAUGUUGUCCUCAACGCCAAACUAAAAUCCCUGAAGCAAGGCGGCAAGGAAAAUGUACAACACAAACCUCCGCUUGAGCCAGAAGAUCUCCAAAAGCUGAAAAUCAGCGGUGUAUUUGAUUGUUCAAGUCCCCUUGGGUUGCUGCGAAACGUGUGGUUCAGUACGGUGUUGUUUUGGUGUCGUCGUGGUCGUGAAGGUCAACGAAACCUAACAAGAGAGAGCUUCGUCUUCGCACAAGAUCCCACCGGCGAAGAGUACGCGACGAUGACACACAGCGAGGCAUCCAGAAACCACCCGGGUGGAAUAAAGGAUAGCGAGAGUUUCCAACAUAUUGGCCGAAUGUACCAGACAAACGAGGAAAACGACGGAUACAGCGCCUUGAAGCUCUACAUCAGCAAGUUAAAUCCGGCGUGUGAAGAAUUGUUUCAGUAUCCGAAGCGUAAUUGGAAACCGGACGGUAAAACGUGGUAUGAAAAUCGCCCUCUUGGUAUCAACAAACUUGGCGAUAUGAUGAAAGAUAUCAGUACAGUCAUAGGCGUACGGGCACAUUAUUUUUUUUUGGGGGGGGGCUGUGCUGAAUUUGCCCGAAUGACAUGACGUCAUAGAUUUCGUGACGUCAUAAAAUUAUAUAAUCUAAGAAGACUACAAAUGAAAGGCUUUUCUUUGAAGUCUUUGAAGAUUGAUAUAAAAAGAAAUAUGUUGUCCCUAGCCAUUUCAAUUAUAAGCUAAAUAUAUGGUAUUACGAUUCACAAAGAAAGAGAAAGUUACUAACGUAACAACAUUUAUUGGUAUAAUAUGGGUAAUUGGACAAGUACUGGUGCAAGACAUUGUGUAGCCUAAAUAAUGAGAGGACCAGUAUUCCAAAAAUUGUUGUUCUUUAUUUCUUAACUCCGACUCCUGUGAUGAACAUGUACGUAAAAACCUAGGCAAAUUACGAUUAUAUAGAAACUGAAAUAGGUGGAAAUUUUAUGGGACACGGUAAAAGGCGAGGAUAAGGGGCGGGAAAUUAAAGUUGAGAAGGAAGGCAACCCUGUCCGCGUUUCGACCUAAAGAUGGUGUAACAUUUUCACUGUCCGUCACCGUAUUCUGUUCACUAUUUUCUCUGAGCUGUGACAGUGAAUUUAAUUCAUCAACGUCAAUGAACGUUCUCAUUGGUUCCAUUUGGUCUUCGCUCAUGGGUUCCUUCACAUUUUUCUCAGAUAGAUCUUCAUCAAAAGACACCGUGACUGCAGAAUCUUUACUACCACUUGAUUCAGUUCCAAGUAGGGUUAGGUCAUACUGCAGGUGACAGCAGGUCAUUGUCCUUGGUUGUCAUGUUACUUUUUACAAAGAAAGUAUUGAUUUUCGACUGGGUUGAAUCCGAUGAUUCCAUCACUGGAUGACAUUUCACUUUUUUUACCAUUGUGAAAUGUGAACCAAUCGAGAAUGCACCUCGUUAUAAUCACUGUCGAUUUCUUUAUUGCAUUCCUCGCACCGAACAUCGUAAAAUCAACAAUUUUUUAAUGAUUGUAAAAAAAUCGCGCACUUUUAUGUCUAUCUAAAAGUCUAAAAUUAGUCACAUUAGGUCAUUGUAUAAUGUAUAGUAUCCAUUUUCAGUGACUGGUGUGUCAUAGCCGCGGUGUCGCUCAGGGCCAGAGCCAAAGGAUAAACAUUACUGAUGCGAUUGUCACUACCCACACUUAUACCACACCUUCGCAAUAUGUGCAGCUAUAUACUAUAUACUUAUUUAGUUUAAUAGUUGUAUAGCCUACAUUAUGCUAGGUAAAACUGCUGAAUAUAGGCAUGAAUACAGUAGUGACAUUUUAUUAGUAGCCAUAGGCCCAUAGCAAUUGUUCCUUCAUUCUAGCCGUUUCUGUGGGGAUUUACGUCUGUAGUAUGUGCGCAAAAAUCAAAACCAAAUCCGAUUUUAGAGCACUUGACCUUUAAUAAAGGUUAACCUGACGCAACAUGCUUGAAUCCAGCUAUGCAGUCUAUGGUUGUAAUAAAUAUACACAAACGUUGCCAUUACAGAUUUACAGUGCAUGAUUGAACCUGUAAAAGUUGAAUUUGUUGAAAUAAUACUCCUGUUCCGCUUUAUGGAUCGAUAUAUUCGUCUAACCACCAGACCGUCAUUGCCCGAAUGAGAAGACAAUUUUUGCCCGAAUAUAGAUAAAUUCUAAAAAAAUUGGGGGGGGGGGCUGCAGCCCCCCAGCCCCACCCUCCCGUACGCCUAUGCAGUACAGCUGCUGGUUUAUCCAAGAUCUAUACAAACCACUGUGUAAGAGCCACUUCAAUCACGCUUUGGUCAAAUGCUGGCUUAACUAAGCGCCAUAUCAUGUCAAUUUUGGGCCAUCGCAAUGAGCAGUCCUUGCAGCACUACAAUCGUAGACCAUCUACAUCCCAACUAAAGCGCUGCAGUGAAGUAUUAUCUGAAGCUCUGGGCAAUGAAACUGGUCAAUCUGAUCGACAUUUUGCUGUGCAGCGAAGGCGUACCGUUGAAAGGACCAAUUCGAUGUCAAAUGCGACAACACUCACUUCACAAUCGAUCGAGAUCGACAAUCUUCCAAACUUUCGCUCUUUAUUUAGCGGUUGUUCAAUCGGAAAUGUUAAAGUUAACUUUAAUAAGCAGCAGUGAACUAAAACUGUUAUGUUAUUAUACUAUAUUUAAACGUUUUGCAUGUAUAAACUAUAAAAGCAUCACUGUAUAUUUCGUUGUUGUUUUGAAGCCGUUAAGAACAUUCGUGGGGGUAGCGAAUUCCUCUGCCUCUGAUUGGCUAGUUGACGAUUCUUGUGAGAAUUGCAAAUUUCAUCAAUAAAUUUAAUAAAGUUAACUGUUGUUUCACUGUAGUUAUUUUAUAAAAUAAUUACCAAAUGGUUUUAUCGUGCAGGAUAGCGUGAUCCAUGCACUUGGGAUGUUGCUCGACUUUCGGAAAGCGUAAAAAUACACUCGCCUUCGGCUCGAGUAUUUUUACGCUUUCCGAAAGUCUCGGAAAACCAUUCGGUAUUCCUUUAUUGAUUGGGUGAGGAAAUCAUUGCACAUUUUGUCAUUUCGUUUGCGCUGGUAACACAGUGAAAUAUAAGAACUCAUCAUGGGCGUACCGGAACGAAAAACUUAGGGGGGCGGAAAGAAAUUUGCCCGACUUUUGCGGAUUUUGCCAGACAAGUACCGAAAAAAAAUUUUUCCGGAAUUUCUUUUGGCGACCCCCCCCCGUCGUCAAAAAAAUUUCGGUCAGUGUACCAUUUUAGGGGUCAAAAAAUUUUCCCGGACGUACCAAAAUUUUUCGGAACCUAACAAAAAUUUACGAAAAAUAACAAAAUUAACAACAAAAUUUACAGAAUUUGUCCCAUUUAUUUUUAUAUUAAACCAAAAUUGCCCGACUGUUCAGCGAAUAUUGCCCGACUGCCCAACAAACUGAGGGGGCUGCCGCCACCCACCACCGCCACCCACCCCCGCCACCCCCCGCCCGGUACGCUCAUGCAACUCAUUACUUUGCAAAAGCUAGAAAAAAAAUCCGCACAUGUGUAGCCACAAACAUGUCGCUGAGUAUUGGGCUCAGUCAAAAAAUUUUUUUGUUUUGAUUUACUAAAGAUUUACUUGCAACAAAAUUAGGCUUAUUUGUAAGUUUAAAGCAAGGCCGGGUUUUGAUAGAAAUAGUAGGGGAGGUGGAAAAAUAUUUAGGGGAGGUGCAACGGUCUAACUCACGACCCCGGCCAUGGCAAGUUAGGGCUUAGAACGGGCCAAAGCCAACGACAUGACGUAUGCAUGUAGUGUACACAUGUAUCAGUGUAUUAAUGAAUUAUGACUGUACGACUCAUCCAAUUUUGUCUUUCAUUAUAAUUAUUACGUACGUUUCUUUCAAAAUAUUGCAUUAAAAGGGUAUUUGACACAGAGAGAUGAUUAUGGCUAUCACUGUUUCGAUUUUACAGAAAAAAACUUUCUUACGAAGUGUAGACCCUAAGCAACCAUCAAAUUUUCAAUUUGAUCUAUCAUUGAAACGUUCCUAAGGGGAGGUGCAAGACUUUUCAGGGGAGGCGCAAAAUUUCUCAGGGGAGGUGCAAAACGAUCUCAGAGAGGUGAGCACAUCCCCACACCUCCUCUCAAAAUCUGGCCACGGUUUAAAGUGGUUUAAUUAUUCUUGAGUCACCUAAAAUUGUUUUUGGGUCUAUUUUGAUCGAAAGCUAAUUUGUGAAAUAAUUUUGAAAUUGACUUCAUUAAUACUUCUUAUUAACCGAACGCGAGGUCUGUACAGAGAAAUAUCGGACCUCGGUCUUUUUUUCGAUUCGCGUGCAGAGUACUAACCGAUCUACAGAGGCCAGUUACCAAGCACUCGUAUUAGUAUACACACAUGAACUUACGACGGUUUUGGAGCUAGACAACAGAGUCCUGUAGCUUAGUGGGUUAGAGCGCUGCACCUGAAUCGCCAGCUAGUUGAAUUAUUCAAAAUUGCGCCUGGUUAGGUCUGAUAAAUGUAUAAAAUUUCCAUCGAAAUUUCCAUCUACAAAAAUCCUUCAACUCAUCUUUAGGCCUGUUUACAUUUGCAAUGUCUGCUGCGAUUUUAGAUGCGAUUUUCUUCUUUGUUUCAACCGAUAUAUUUCCAAUUAUAUCUUUUUUCACCAGUUCCAGGCUCUUCACGAUUUAAUUCAAACCGGAUGAGUUUUGCAUGUAAAUGGUAAACAACCAUAGAUAUCUUAUGUACACUAGAUAGUGCAUCUCCUUAAGUAAAAUUGAAGCCAAGAAUAUUCCAGCGGUUACCCCCAUUUGAAUAGAUGGCGGCCAUGUUGGAGUUUGCCACUCGCUAAUAAACGCUUAAAAAACAACAAUAACUUUCAUCAUUUAGACAGUUUGAAAAUGUAUUUGGAAUAGGUUUAACUUAAUGUUUAAGUUCCCCGUUUAAGAAAUAGAAAACAUACAAUUCUUCUCAUUUCAUGGGAAUAUCCUGAGUCUGCAAUCAUGCACGGCUUCAAUUUUUGAAUUGCAGAAUAAUUAGAUGCACAAUCUAGUGUACAUGCAGGAUGUAUAAAAAAAACUGAACCCUUUCAAAUUCAAAUUAGCUAUAACGUAUUGUAGUAAUUUGACAGCUCUAAUUGCUUUGAAUUAAUGAUUGGGUAAGAACACAAGGAAAUGAAGGAAUACUGUAUUUCUUUUAAAUUUUCUAAUUUUUAUACACACUGUAUAAAAGAUAUCUAUGUAAACCAACCUUCAUGCAGUUGCCUCCGGUCAGUCUCUCUAAAUGGAAAGCGCAUAAUCCGAAUGGGAUUUUCUAUCCGAAAUUUUGCUUAUCAUCACCACAAUUUCAAACUGAAUGGGUUUUCCAUGUAAAUGGUGAACAACCCAUAGAUCAAUAUGAUACGUUGUUCAGUUGGUUCGUCCUUAAAAAACGACGCAAUAAAUCAAUAUAAUAUGUUGUUGCUUUGUUCUCGUUGAAUGAUAUGUUUUUCAUGCCUGAUGGAUAAAAAGUGGGCAAGUACGAGUAUGAUAAAAAAUGUUAGUCAGAAUCGCAUAUUUUCACCUCUGUGCCUUAUUAAAGAAGUGUAGAACAAAAGAAAAAGCAAUUAAUCACUAGUCGUGUGAUAGCUUAGCUGAGAUUUAAUAGUAAUCAUUAAUAUGCGGGUAGUACUGUAUAUUGAAGCGAAAUUCAUCAACUUAAGUCUCAAAAGGGAACUAGUUUCAAUGAUUUUGGACCCAACUAUCAACGGUGAAAAUAUGCGAUUCUGACCAACAUAUUUAUCGGACUCGUACUGGCUCACUCUUUAUCCAUUUGGCAUUGAAAUACAUAUCAUUCAACAGCUAAAAGCCUGAUCUCGUCCCGAAUACGAAAAAAUCUUGUUUACACGCAGAGUAAUUCAGGUGCAAUAGCGCAUUAAAGUUCGGUUAUAUUUCUUUUAAAUGAUUUAUAAUCGUCAUGGUACACCGUACAUCACAACCAUAUAGGCAUUAGGUUAUUAGGUUAUCUUCUGUGAUUAUAAUCUUGAACUGUAUUUGCUAGUGUAGGUCGUGCCAAUAAAACAAACAAGCUUUCGUUGGUAGGGAUGCAACUACCUGAAAAUAUGUGAGGAGAAUUUUCACGUUUCGAGCGAAAGCAAGAGCUCGAAACGUCAACAUUGGAUCCAAUGGACAAUAUGACAAGGCAUAACAUCGGCUCCGAGGUAAUAGACUACGCGAAAUUUCGCUUAGGGUGGUUUACCAGUGCUGCGGUACAACCAAGCAAAAAAUGGAGGAAUGCUCAGGCACAUAUGAUGCUUUAAAUUCCCAAGAGCAGAAAAUCGUGCGUUUUACAAAGAUAUUUUAAUUUCUUAAUAAGUCAAUAUUUAUAAUCUGACUUAAACACAGCAGCAUCCAUUGACGCUCUUUACGGAUCGUCAAAGUAGGUUCACGAGCCGUAAAUUAUUUUCACCAACCGUACGUUUCGUACGAUCCCGUAAAGCCAUUUCAUAUAGUUCGUACGGACUGUACGACCCGUACGGAUCGACAAACUUUUCUGGCCUUGAAAUGCAGCCGUUGUAUCAAGACGUGAAAAUAGAUAGCUUAAGAUCUACGACGUCGACGUCAGGACGACAUCAGGACGACAUCCUAGUCCCAGUCCUCGUGACGUCCUAGCUGACGUCGACGUCGUAGAUCUUAAGCUAUCUAAUAUGUGAUUUGGCGUUGUAAACAAAGCGAGGACAAUGUCUAAAUUAUUCAUAGUUGUAAUUACUCAAUUCUUUUCAAUGAUCCAUUGUAUUGGUAGCAGUUGCCGUCGCGUUGCCGUCCUAAAAUCGUAAGGUCUCUAAUAUCGAGUUUGCUACGCCACUGACAACCAUCGUAGAGGAAACAGCGGCUUGCAAUGGAUUGUGUGGAGGCAAUAGUUGGGAACUAUACAGUGUCAGUGUGUCAAAAAAAAGUGAACCCUUUCAAAUUCAUACUAACUAUAACGUAUUGUAGUAAUUUGACAGCUCUAACUGCUUUGAAUUAAUGAUUGGGUAUGAACAGAAGGUCUUGUACUGAUGGGACAAAACUCAAAGAAAUAAAAACUAGAAAAUUUAAAAGAAAUACAAAAUUCCUUGUGUUCUUACCCAACCCUUAAUUCAAAGUACUUAGAGCUGUCAAAUUAACAGUGCCUUAUAGCUGAUUUGAAUUUGAAAGGGUUCACUUUUUUUUAGACACACUGUAGUUGCGUGAAUGAAAAGAGUUGCUUCAUGCAUAUAUUUCUAAUCAUAUAAAUUAUAAUUACGCUCAGAUACAGCAGCUCUGUUUUUAUGCUUUUUUGUGAAAUAAAACGCGGAAGAUUGUAGUCGUGCAUUUUAUCUUGCCGUGUCAAAUAAUAUGUAGCCAAACUAAAUUUGUCGGACAGGGACGGUGCCAUCUGUGCAAUUUUGAAUAUCGAAAUUGUAGCAACGCUGUUUAAUACAAGGUAGCUAUUUCCACACGGGAAGAAUGGUGAUAAAAACUCACUGAUGUAAUAUUAAACUCUAUGAUAUGAAACGCUUUAUUAUGUCGGUCAAAAGAAGCGUUACAUGUUACGUCAGUGCAUGAUGUUUCCGUUUGUCUCACUCUGCAAUAACUCGCAAUUCACCAACUCGUAACUCGCGAGUGAAUUGCCAUUGGCAAUUUCGCACACUCGUAACUUGCGAGUGACUAGCUAUUCACUCUGAUUGAUUCUUACUAUGUAUGACUAUGUCUAUGAUUUUCAAAAUUUUCGUUUUCACAAACAAGUGCAGCGUAGCGUAUCUGUAGGUGUGAGCUUUAAAUCAAAUUUUAACCACAUCGCUAUCCUAUGAACAGAACUGACUGCGUGAAUGUUGCAUGGUACGAAUAGAACUUACUGUAGUUUAAAGUGCAUAUGACAUGAUUUUUUUUAUUUUCUUAUAUGAAAGAAUUCUUUAAGUUGUAGGGUAACUUAUUUUUCAGUUUCCUGUUUUUGUAUCUGCGGAGCAGAUAUAUUGCUAUCGCAAACGUGACCGUACCGUUACCGUACUGUACCGUAUGUUAACACAUAGCCAUUCAGCGACGAGCUUAUAUAAUUUAAGCCAAUUUAAGCCAGUCAGCGAUCAUGUUACAUCAUGUCCGCCAUCUAACCUGCGAACGGGCAUGGUUUGGCCUGGUGUUAUUCAGGUAUUCUCGCCAAUUUGGAUUUUCAUAAAUAUCUUUUUGUCUUAUUUUCUCGCCAUUCUAUUAUCAACAUGGAAACUUAUACUCAUCUGGUAAGUAGUCAAAAUGCCAAAUACAAAUAUUUUAUUAUAUACAUUUUAAUAUACAGUCAUUAUGUAAUAUUUUAAACAGUCAAAACAUAGCAGGCAAGUCAGGCAAUAUUGUCAACGAACAAUAUUACGAUAUCAAAGGAACUGACUAAUGUUCUCAAAAGAUAUUAAAUUAAAUCCUUGUCCUGUAUUUCUGUAACUCUGUUCAAAACAACAGUCCAACUAAGCUGUCAUCAAAUGUAGUAUUAGAGCGACAGUUAAGAUGUUAUCAGUUAAAAUACUUAUACAUUUUGGUUUUACACAUUAGAGUAUAAAUAAUACAGUAAACAAACUUUUUACAAACAUUUUCAAAUGCUAAUAAGUAAUUCCCUCACUCCCUCCUCAUUUUGCUUUCUAACAUAAAUGUUUUUGUUUAGAGAUUGGUACAAGAAUGAUGAAUAAAUGUAUUGGAUAUUGCCUGGAUACUGAAGUAAAGUGUCACUCAGUGCAAAUGGUAGAAAGGCUAUAUCAACAUAAAGUUAGGGUUGAUUAUAGUAAUUUUGUCAGAACAAUGGUGGACACUUGCAAGUCAAUCUUACCUAAAGUCAUUAGUAUGGAAAAGAACUUAAUUUAACAGCUACAAUAAUCAUAUAUCAUAUGGAUAGCUAGAUCAGAUCAAUUGCACACAAUGUGCAAAACUAAAUAGUUUUUGUGUGGAUAUGCUGUGUUAAACCGAACAGUGUGGUAUAUCAUUAACUAUGCACAGAAUUGGAAUUGAAUUAUAUAUUUCACUCAUGACUUUCAAAACAUUCUCUACUAUUCAGUGAUUUUCGAUAUAUGAUUGACUCACUGCUACAGUAGUGCAUGCUCCUCGAAUAGUUUGUGUAUGCUACUCAAUAGUAGAUAGUUAACAUUGCUAAGUGUAAACAAAAACAGACAGAACUUUUGCUUCAUAUGAUUACAAUAAAGUUUUGAAAAUUCUACGAGUAGGCAUGGAUUGACAAAUGACAGUUUACUAAACAGGUGGCUGCGGCUGUAUGGACACUGACAGCAUAAUUAUCUGUUACAAUCAUAAUCACAUUAUAAAAUUAGUUAAAUUUUCUCGGCGGUGGGGGGAGGGGGGGGGGGAUUGUCCCUGCUGCACUGUGUACAGCCCUGUUAGCUAUAGAUGUGUAUUAUGUUUGACUUUAAAAUCUUAUUUGCUAUUAUAUUAUAAUAAGUGAUGAAAUAUUUCAAUUGUCCCAUGUCAUCUUCAUUAUUCAGUUCCUUUCAAGAAAAUACAAAAUGUGAAUCAAGUUUUUUCGCCGAUACAUGUACGCCUCGCGUACGUAUUUUUAUGGUUUGUUCCCGAGAUAUUUCAAUUAGUUUGGUAUGUAAAUGAGGGUGAAUAUGUCCGCUAAUUUAUGACGUCACGUUGGUUGCAAGUUCUUCAAAAUGGUUGAAUAUCACGGCUAUCAUCCAAGAUAAUAAUUUCUAACUUCACUCACUGGAAAAUGUGAUAAAACACUGGAAAAAAACGUGAACUGAUAUCUACAGUUUUUAGAGUUAAUAGAUUUAUAACGAAUGUAAGUUGAGUUCGCAACCAACAUGACGUCAUAAAUUAGCGGACAUAUUCACACUCAUUUACAUAUCAAACAAAUUGAAAUAUCUCGGGAACAAACCAUGAAAACAAGAAACUGAAAAAUAAGGUACACUGCAGCUUAAAGAGUUUUUUUCAUUCAAGAAAAUAAAAAAAUUCAUGUCAUAUGCACUUUAAAAGAUAACUGCAUGCUACUACCGCAUUAAACAUUGAAUUAGAUUUUCAACUUGUUAUUUUGCCAUGUUUGUUCAAGGCCAAAGUCAUAUAUUUCCUUUUCUUGGGCGUUUGAAUUGGUCGGAUAAUGCGAGCUAGACGAAUUUGGGUUGACUUAUGUGUUGUCAUUUAUAGUAUUUGGAAUUUUCCGAAGAAACUCGAAGCUUCAAAAAGAAAUAAUACGAGUUUCUGAACGCAUUCAAGAACGCGUUCUCGAAAGUGUUCCUGACGCGUUUUGGAACGCGUUCCGAACACGUUCGCAGCAUUAGGUUACUUCUGAGCAGUAUUGUAGAUAAGCCAGCAUGAGCUCCACCUUUGAAUUUACUAUAUGAGUAAAUUCUUAAACACGUCCGAAUUUAUCAUUACUAAUUCGCAGCACAUUUUGAAUUUAUCAUAAUAAUAAAUUCGCGGCACCCAACACUAACCCUAACCCCAACCCCAACCCUAACCCCUAACCAUUAACCCCUAACCCUAACUUUUUUAACUUUUUAAAUUUUUUUAACUUUUUUAACUUUUUUAAAUAUCUAACUUUUUAAACUUUUUUUUCUUUUUAAAACUCUUUUAAAACUUUUUAAAAACUUUUUUAAAAACUAUUUUUUUGAAAAUCUUGAUACAACUACACCGAAACCGGUGUUACCAUGACACCAAAAAAACGGGGUUAUUUUAACACCUUUCCAGAUGUUAACUUGACACCGUACAAAGUGGUGUUAAAAUAGCACCAAAAAGGUGUUAUUUUCUACCUUUUUAUUUGACAUAAUUUUUGGUGUUAUUUUAACACCUUCAAAUUAACAAUGUACAUUACAUAAUCAACAAUUUUGAAAAUGUAUACCAUUGUUUAGGCUUACGAUUGUUUUGUAUUUAGUUAAGAUUACAUAACGUGCAAAAUUUUUCUGGAAACUAGGAUAUAUAUUCUUAUGCGGUUGGUAAAAUUGCCAACGCAUCGCUUUUGAUAGAGACAGUGGUGGUCGUAUUGUUGAUAUGUUCCUAUGGUAAUAUUUCCGUGGUUGGUGGUCCCGUGGUUGGUGGUGCUUCACUAGCUCUCAAAGUCGUGAGCGGACAUAAACGGAUACGUCUGCUCCGAACCCAGGCACCCCAGAGACGUUGGUGUAAUAUCGCUGAUAGCUGCCUGCGAAGUCAGAAACAUGUAGUCCUAUCCCCAAAGCAUAUAUCGCAUCAGAGCAACCUAUAUAAAAGAUAAUGAUAAUUAACAAUAAAAAUCAGUAAAAGAGGCCAUGAAGUGUACUCUUAUUUCUAUUCGAAAUAUUUAGAAUCGUGCUUUGUACUGUUAUAACACACAAGGAGGAAAGCAUUAACUAUGUAAUUUAAGAUUCUAAUAACUAUCAUGGUUAGUUACGUCCUGAACGAUGUUCAUUAUAUUAAUAAUAAUAAUUGCAUAUAUGGUAUACUACUACUGCAUAACCUUUCUCCGCUUACUAAUAAUAAUAUUCUUAUAGCUUUUUAAAUUCUUCAACGCCUUUAUUUCCUCAACAGAAAGAUUACUGUAGUUUCUCCCUCCCGCAUUAACAGCAGAAUCUUUUUCUUCAAUUUGGAGCAAUACACUACUAUAGCCGGAUCUAUACCUCACUCUUUUAGUUUGGGACCAGGGCG